CUCGCCCGCGUUUCCAGGGCUCGGAGAGGCGCCGUUCAGGAAUGUUUGCCUCUCAACAGGAGGAAUUCCGCGCAGAGGACGACGGAAAGACUGUGGGAAAGGAAGCAGAAGUGUUUGUUGGAGCCCCGGGAAUGCCAAGCAGCCUGUGAUGGCGGAAAGCAGCAGCUUGGAGCAUCCCGGCCUGGAUAGAGCAGCUGGCGAGGAAUUCCUGCAGGAAGCCUUCCGGAUCCUGCUGGAGGAAGGCGUCAGGAAAGGCACGGAUGCGGCGGAGAAGGUCUGCGAGUGGAAGGAGCCGCGGGAGCUGCGGGAGCUGCUGGACCUGGAGCUGCGGCGCCGCGGGGAGCCCCGGCAGCGGCUGCUGCAGCGCUGCCGCGACGUGCUGCGCUACAGCGUGAAGACGGGCCACCCUCGCUUCUUCAACCAGCUCUUCUCCGGCUUGGACCAUCACGCCUUGGUGGGACGCUUGAUCACGGAGACCCUCAACACGAGCCAGUACACGUACGAGAUCGCGCCCGUGUUCGUGCUCAUGGAGGAGGCCGUGCUGGCCAAGCUGCGGGAGCUGCUCGGCUGGAGCGCCGGCGACGGCAUCUUCGCCCCGGGCGGCUCCGUGUCCAACAUGUAUGCCAUGAACGUGGCCCGGUUCCACCGCUUCCCGCGGAGCAAGCGGGAGGGCAGCUGGGCCCUGCCGCGCUUGGCGCUCUUCACGUCGCGCGAGAGCCACUACUCCAUCCAGAAAGGAGCCGCCUUCCUGGGCAUCGGCACUGACAACGUCUACCUGGUGGGCACGGACGAGAGGGGGAAGAUGCUCCCGGAGCAGCUGGAGAAGGAGAUCGAGAGGGCGCGAGCGGAGGGCUCCGAGCCCUUCUUCGUGAACGCCACGUGCGGCACCACGGUGCUGGGCGCCUUCGACCCGCUGCGGCGCGUGGCCGACGUGUGCCAGCGCCACGGCCUCUGGCUCCACGUGGACGCGGCCUGGGGCGGCAGCGCCCUGCUCUCCAGGGAGCACCGGCACCUCCUGGACGGCAUCGAGAGGGCGGAUUCCGUGGCCUGGAAUCCCCACAAGAUGCUCUCGGUCGGCUUGCAGUGCUCGGCCUUCCUGCUCCGCGACAGCUCCGGGCUGCUGCAGCGGUGCCACGGCGCCGGCGCCACGUACCUCUUCCAGCCCGACAAGUUCUACGACGUGUCCUACGACACCGGGGACAAGAGCGUGCAGUGCGGCCGCAGGGUCGACUGCCUCAAGCUCUGGCUGCUCUGGAAGGCGCUGGGCACCGAGGGGCUGGAGCGGCGCGUGGAUCGCGCCUUCGCCUGCACGCAGUACCUGGCCGAGGAGCUGAAGAGGAGGGAAGGCUUCCAGCUGGUGCUGGAGCCCGAGUUCGUCAACCUCUGCUUCUGGUUCGUGCCGCCCAGCCUGCGCGGCCAGGAGGGCUCCGCCGACUACUGCAGCCGCCUGGGCAAGGUGGCUCCCGCCAUCAAGGAGCGCAUGAUGCGCAGCGGCUCCAUGAUGGUCGGCUACCAGCCGCACGGCGCCAGGGUCAACUUCUUCCGCCAGGUGGUCACCAACCCCGCGGUGACCCGGGCCGACCUGGAUUUCUUCCUGGAUGAGAUCGAGAGGCUCGGGCGGGAUCUGUAGGGAGCCCGGGAUCCCCGGCGGAUGUGCGCGGCCCCUGCCCGUCCUCCGCCGUGAUCCCGGCAGGAAUUGCUCCUGCAGGGCGCUCUGACCGGCCUAAAUCCCUGCGGAGCU